AUGCAUUCGCUAGAUCUCCACAAGGAGCUCGAGAAGUGGUCAGCCAGUCAUGGAGGCUCUAUGCAUGAUGCUGUCGUGAUCGCCCACGAUGAACAGCGCGGCGUCCACAUGCAAGUCAAAUCCGACUGGCCAAAAGCCAUCGAGCCAGAGACCCGCGCAAUCAGCACCCCACUAAGUAUCACAAUGUCCUACUACAAUGCGAUUGACUACAAGUCUACCAAGGGUUCAUACUCCAGUCACGACGUGAAGCUCCCGCAGGCAUUCAUUGAGACCAUGGGAUCGGAAGAGACCUUCGCCUUUUUCCUAAUGGGCCAUUACCUGCGUGGAGAAGAUGGAUUCUGGUACCCUUAUUUGCGGACCCUUCCUCAGCCAGGUCACCUGAACACCCCUUUGUUCUUUGACCAGGAAGAUGCGGACUGGAUUGAGGGGAUGGGGGUCAUCGAGGCUUCCCAUUUCAGAUACGCGAUCUGGGAUAAGAAGUACGAGGAAUGCAUCACGAAGCUUGAUGAGCUUGAUUUUGAGGGAUCUGAAAACUAUACCUGGGAACUCUACCUCUGGGCUUCGACCAUCAUUACCUCUCGCGCAUUCUCGGCAAAGGUCCUGGCUGAUGGAGUGGAGGCAUCUGACCUUCCUGAAUCCGGAAUUUCGGUUCUACUUCCGCUUAUCGACCUCCCUAACCAUCGGCCACUCGCCAAAGUCGAGUGGCGUGCUGGAACGAAGGACGUUGGAUUGAUUAUUCGGGAGAAUAUUCGACCAAGAGAAGAGAUCUCCAACAACUACGGACCACGGAACAAUGAGCAGUUGCUGAUGAAUUAUGGCUUCUGCAUCGUGGAUAACCCAACAGAUUACCGCAUUAUCAAACUGGGUGUAGGGAAAGACAGCCCGCUUGGCAUGGCCAGGGAACGCCAGAUCCAGAUGUUCCCAGCUGCGGCCAACAACAACGAUGAGCAUUAUUACAUUUUCAACAUCUUUUACCCGCUUCUCUCCCCAUACCGACCUAUGGAACAUUCGGUCUUCUCUCCGGCACUGUUCGAUGCAUUGACCAUUAUGCAUGGUAACGAGCGUGAACACCGGAGCAUCACAAUUGAGGAAUCAUCUAUCACUAUCCCGCAGACCUACGGCAACGGACGCUGUACACUGGCAGCUUUGGCACAGCUUAGCCACGAGCUGAUUGCGCACAUCAUGCAGCUUCAGGAUUCUGGAAGAGACCUGCCCUCGGAACCCAAGAACGUAAGACAGAUGUUUUGCAAGAUCUACCGUGACGGCCUAAUCACCAUGGACAAGGCAGCACUGAUCAUCGCGACAUGGACAAUUGCACGCGCAAGAGCCCUCAACCGUGGCGAAGAAUGGGCAGACACUAAGUUCCUGCUCGAAGAGCACUUCUCACAGAUCCCAAAAGGCCACUUCUCGGAUCAUGUCUUGUCUCAGAUCAAAGUUCGCAUUCUCGAGCGUACUUCUCUGCUUCCAAAGAACGGUCAGCUCUUCCGAAUUGGAGAGCUUUACAGUCUACUGCCAGAGGAGAUGCAGGCCCCAGCCCAAGCUUGCUUCAGCUCUGUACUCGAAUAUAUCAAGAUUCAAGUCCCAGGGUUGGCAAUUGACCCGCACAGUCUCUUUUCGCUUGUUGUAGGUAUCCUGGUUGCAACUUGCCAGUCACCCCAGGCCAGACCGAAGCUCUCGCCGCGUUUGACUAAAUGGGUUGAUUUCCUUCUCGAACAAUACCCAGCACCCACAGGAUUUGAUGGGGACCAUGCGGUGGGACGGGAGAACAUUGACGCAAUGGGUCAGGUGGUAAGCGAUUUGAUGGCUCGAGCAUGGCUGGAUGAAGCUGGAGUGACCUGGAUUGGCCCGGAAUCUACCUGGAUGGAGCCCGGCUGGCUCCAGUGGGCAUGGAAAGUGGCCAAGGAAGAGAUGGUGCUUCUCCCCCUGGAGCCAUUGCAGGUGCUGGUGACAGAGAACCCCCCGAUGCAGAAACAGGCGGUUAUGUACGUGCCAAAUGAGUGA